GACACCAUAACUGAGAUAGAUACCUUCCCAAAGUCUUCGGAACUUCGACGAUCAAAAAUCCAUUCUUUUCCCGCAUUUUCUCUCUCUUCAACAAUGUAUUCAUUGGAUUGUCGGGGGAAAAUCACUCUUUUUCCCUGAUAGUAGGGUUUUGUGAUGAAAUGGAUAUUCUUGAGAUUUUUGGUGAAUCUAGAUCAAAUUUGAGUCUUCCAACAAAGAGCGCAAUUUACGUAUGGGGCUACAACCAAUCUGGGCAAACUGGUCGGAAUGGUAAAGAGACAAGCUUGAGGAUCCCAAAACAGCUUCCUCCAGAGCUUUUUGGAUGCCCGGCUGGAGGUAAUUCUCGGUGGUUGGAUAUUGCUUGUGGCCGAGAGCAUACUGCAGCGGUGGCCUCCGAUGGCUCGCUCUUUACUUGGGGGUCAAAUGAGUUUGGUCAGUUGGGGGAUGGAAUGGAGGAAGGUAGGAAACAACCGAAAAAAGUGAAGCAAUUACAGACCGAAUUUGUGAUAUCUGUAUCUUGUGGAGCACAUUGUACCGCUGCUAUUGCAGAACCUCGUGAAAAUGAUGGAACCAUCUCAACUAGAAGACUCUGGGUUUGGGGACAAAAUCAGGGAUCUAAUUAUCCCCGUCUCUAUUGGGGAGCCUUUACUCCAAACACGAUUGUUCGCCAAGUUUCUUGUGGGGCUCUUCAUGUUGUAGCUUUAUCUGAGGAUGGCCUGCUACAAGCCUGGGGGUACAAUGAAUAUGGUCAGCUUGGCAGAGGUGUUACUUGUGAAGGGCUUCAGGGGGCUCGGGUUAUAAAUGCAUAUGCUAAGUUCCUUGACGAAGCACCCGAGAUGGUGAAGAUUUCCCAAGUGUCAUGCGGGGAGUACCACACAGCAGCUAUAUCGGAGAAAGGCGAGGUCUAUACCUGGGGCCUAGGUAGUAUGGGGCAACUUGGGCAUUGUUCUCUUCAGUCUGGGGACAAGGAACUAUUGCCAAGGCGCGUUGUUGCUCUUGAUGGGGUAUCUGUCAGCAAUAUUGCAUGUGGAGGCGUCCAUACAUGUGCUGUGACUGUAAAGGGAGCUCUUUAUGCUUGGGGUGGUGGUCAGGUGGGGCAGUUGGGGCUUGGCCCUCAGACUGGAUUCUUCUCAUGCAUUCGGGAUGAUUCCGAAAUGAUGCUUCGCAAUAUUCCGGUGUUGGUUAUCCCAACUGGCGUUCAACUUAUUGCCUGUGGACAUUGUCAUACUCUUAUCUCUACUAGAGAUGGAAGAAUUCAUGGAUGGGGUUACAAUAGCUAUGGUCAGGCAGCUAAUGAAAAAUCUAUAUAUGCUUGGUAUCCAUCUCCAGUUGAUUGGUGUGUUGGGGAAGUAAGGAAAUUGGCGGCUGGUGGUGGCCAUUCAGCGGUGUUGACUGAUGCUUGUUCCCUGAAAGAGUUGUGUGAGUUCAGGCUUGCGGACAGUGUGACAAUAUCAAAUGCUUCUGAGAUUGAGGAUGUUGCAUCCAGAACUGGAGCAGAUGCUUUAGCACGCCUUUGUGAAAGAUUGCGGGAGCAUAUCCUUGAUGGUGGUGAUCGCAACUAUAGAGAUGAUGAGUUCGGUGACGAAAGGAACUGAGAAAACAACAUGCAUGGUGCUGUUUGUGCUUUUCAUUCUGUCACUUUCUAUGAUUAGUUGAUCACCUAUUGUAUCAUUGCUCUUCUUUUUUUUUAUUGUAUCAUUGAUCUUGUCAGCAGAAUUAAACAUUGAACUGUCGUAUUUGGAUGAAGGGUAACCCCUUGUGGUUAUGAUAAGGCAUAUAUGUAUAACAAUUAUUGUUAUCACUUGUUUCAUUUAGGUUUGUUUUUUAGACUUACAGAAGCAUUUCACACACUUU